AUGGCCGCUUCCAUGCGUCGGGCCAUUCUCAUGGCCUUUUUGGCCGCCAAAGCGCAGGCCAUGGCCUUCCAGGUCAGUUUCGUGUGCAAUGUUCCAGCAUCCUAUUCCAGAGAGAGCAUGAAGAGGUUGAUUCGACUGAACUGUGACAAGGUGAGGAGAUCCGUCAAGGACUUUGAAGCGUUGGGGGCGGAAGAAUCAGAACUGGACAGAGGAUUGAGGAUGAUCUUGGGCGACCAAUACGACAUAGACAGCCUGCAGUGGUUAGAAAAAGGCUCCUUGGCCACAGAGGCUUGUGAAAAUGCGACAACGCUGUUGGAAGAGACGGAAGCAAUUGCGUGGAGGUUGGCAGAGAAUGAGACUGCUUCAAAGUUUUUGGAAGCGACCAACCUCGCAGUCAACGCGUGGGGGUCGGUGAUGCUCCAGGGCCGGAAGUGCUGCACUCUGCCCGGGCCGCCGUUCUGCAUUGACACGAGAUUCUCCGCUUCUACAGUCGCUUUGCUGGUGCCAGUGGUAUGCUUGGCCAUUUUGUUUACCAUUUCCGUUGUAUCAUCCUGGAUCCUCCCACAGCCUACAAAAGAGCCUGAGCAAAUGACGGAACGUGACGAGGCACCUGUGAGCCGAGCUGGCUCGAGGACGCCAAGGGUGUCUUGCCGCAGCCAGCUGAAGCAACAGCUGGAGGCAGAGUGGAUCGAACGCCACUGCCUCCGCGUUUUACCGGGCGCUGCGGAAUUUGCCAAUUCGACCUCGAGCCUCUUCGGUGCGCUGAAAGAAUCCUUUGACUUUCAAAUUGACAGCGUCCGGAACCAGUAUGAGCACCUGCUGUCGCUCUGGCGCUCCCAGUGUGCGAUGGUUGCCGAUCGCUCGAUGGGCGAAGGAGCAUCAAUCAACGAGGGGCUGAUGCUGCAAGAGGCAGUGGAGGAGUUGUACUACGAAAUGAUGGAUGGCUUCCUUCGUUGGCGGACGAAGCUGGCUGAACAUGAACCUGCCGCAGUACCCAGUCUUUCCGGAGAUGAGCCACGCCCUGUGGGAGGGGCGAGGUGGGAGCCGCUGCGCAAAGAUGAGCUGGAUCCGGCCACAGCGGCGAUUCUGUCGCGGCAGCUGACGGAGAUGGCUGUCUACUUGUUAGUUUGGGGGGAAGCAGGCAAUGUGAGAUUCAUGCCGGAGGCAGUCUACUUCAUCACAGAGCUUGCCUUAGCCGCCAAUCCUGCAGACUUCGAAGAGGUCUAUGGGGUGCCCAUGCCAGAGGCAAGCUUGCCAGGUGCUCCCUUCAGGAGCAACCUCUUUCUGAGUAAAAUCAUCCGACCGAUCUACAACGUGGUUUUUGACGAGUGGUACCAGUAUGUUGACAUAGACCACAACUCGCAAAAAGACAAGAAGAAGUUGAAGCCGGGGCUGGACAAUUUCCUGCUUCCGGACGUGGCAAACUACGACGAUUGGAACGAGUUCUUCUGUGAUCCGAGCCGUAUGGUGGAAGGGCUGCUGCUGCAGGAUGGUACCCGGCUUUUCGACCUGCAGCAUGAGCGACGCUUUCUCGCCCUGGCCAGGGUCGAUUGGCAGGUCACACUGGAAGCAGCCGAAACCAAGACACACAGAGAGAUUCAUUCGCUGUGGGGCGUGUUUGCGGCUACGCAUCGUGUGGUACUGCUGCAUCUCGUACUGUUCUUCGCGGGGGUAUGUGCUGUUGCUGGCGAUCCAGAGCCAUCCGCAGAUGGCAAUGUGCCGCUGCUCGGGCAGAGUACGGCGGUCCGCUUUGCGGCGGUCGCUCUGGUGGUGCCGCUGCACGCGCUGCUUUGGGCGUGUGCCCGAUGGCAGGUAACUGGGCGCAUCCUCAGGAUGCAGGCACCCCUUACCUGUAUCGGCCGCAGCAUUUGGAAAACAGUGUGGUGGAUGAUGCCGAUCUUCACUUAUGUUGCCAUUCGAGAUGCGACUUUGGACGAGGAUAGCCAGUUCGGCCUUCCUCUUACACCCCUCCUUGUUCUGCACUUUGCCUUGUCUGGGACGGGGUUGACCUACUUGCUGCUGAUACCUUCUGGCUGCUGCCUGCGCAGCUGCGGUAGCAACACGGACAAGAUGUGGGAACUGACGCCGGUCCCGUGUUACAUGCGCAUGGUCCGGUACUUGUUUUGGAUCUUGGUCUUCACCGUGAAGUUCAUGCUGGGCCUGAUCAUUUUCCGAGCCAUGUAUGAUGCAACGGUGGCUUUGCAGAUUGCCCUUCCUGGGCGAGAGUCGGUAUCCGAAUUGUCAAAGAUUUACUACAGCACUGAAUGGGGAUCCGACUUCCUCUUGUGGUUUGUCCUGUGGUUUACCACUCUCGUUCUGUUCAUCUCUGACACGCAGUUGUGGUUCACCCUGAUGUGUUCUGUGCUGGGUGUGGCAGCCGUCUUUGUCCAACGCGGCUGCCGAGUCGUCAGCUGGGCGCUCGAGGACUCCGUCGCGAAGCUUCCGGAGCGAUUCUCUCGGAAGGUCUUGCCCUACUCCUUCGCUGGCUCUGAUGGGCGAUCGGGCGAGCAGGUGGCACAGUUCUCGCCUUUUUUCCCUGCAAUUUGGGACAGGAUCCUGGAGUACAUGCGCUAUGAAGACAAAAUAGACAACCACUUGAUGGGCGACCUGUCCUUCAAAUCUGGCGAGUCCGGCCACCAAGUCUACUGGAAGCAGUUGCGUCAACCCUUGGCAAAGCGGCGACGCGAAGCCGUCACACCGGUUGCAGAUCCUCCGGUCAUGGAAGAGGCCGACUUCAUGUCAGGCAGCUAUGCUGCUACAACCGUUCGCGAGAAGGCACCGCCCAGGCCCAGACGCAAGGUGAAGGUUCCGGACAUCUUCCGUGAGAAGACGGCCUUCGAGGUAGGCUUCAAGACCUAUUGCUGUAUGCAUGAUCCGCACUGGCCGAACAACCCGGAUGUGCAGUGGAGGAUCCUGGCUCUGUCCAGGGGCCUCGGUCUCCCGGUGCCCCGUCCAUUCCGGGCUCCCUACUUCCCAGGGCUCACGGUCUGCAUCCCCCACUACGGAGAGUCCAUCCUCAUGCUCAAGAAAGAGCUUUUCCAGGGUCGAGAAGAGACGGUCCCACUCAUGGAUUGGCUAGCGGCAAAGUAUGAGGAGGAGUUUCUCACGUUCUCAAACAGGAUGCAGGUGAAGUGGGGCGAGAGUGGCUGGCCUGUUGCUGGGAGCCAGUGGGAAGAGUAUACGGAUCAGCAGUGGAACAUGACAGCAGCCUGGGCAUCCAUGCGAAUGCAGACGCUCUGGCGAACCGUGGCUGGCAUGUGCCUGUACCAUCCAGCGCUGCAGUGCCACUGGGAGGUACAAGCUGACCGAGCCAGCAGCCUCGCGAAGCCCGGGAUUUGGAAUCCCAGUGAUUGCUUCACUUGCCUGGUGUCCAUGCAAAUGUAUAAGUUUUUUGACAAGACGCAGCUGGAGCACACCAACAGGAUGUUCGCAAAGUUUCCCGACUGUCUGAAGGUGGCAUUCAUCGACUGUGAUGACAAGGGUAUCACUGCAGAGUCUGAUCUGGUUCAUCCGAAGCAGAAGCGACGCUACUACAGCAGUCUCAUUGACGCCGCCUGCGAAGAUUUGCCCACCGGAUUGAAGAAGGCCAAGUAUCGCGUGGAGCUGCCGGGCUACCCUAUCCUGGGCGAUGGCAAGGGUGAUAACCAGAACCAUGCAAUUCCAUUCAUGCGUGGCCUGUUUACGCAAUGCAUCGAUGCGAAUCAGGGCGCAUACUUUGAGCAAAUGAUGCUGCUGCCAUGUGCACUCGGUGAAUUCCGCUCGCGACGGAGAGGUGAUGGGCUGUCGAAGCGAAUUGUAGGAUUCCCGGAGCACAUCACGAGUGACAUCGGAUCGAUUGGGGACUUCGCUGCCUCCGCUGAAGUAGCCUUCGGGACAAUCCUGCAAAGAACCUAUGCAGUGCUUGGUGCCAGAAUGCAUUACGGCCAUCCCGACAUCAUGAACAAGCUGUCCAUGAUGCAGCAGGGCGGUGUCUCCAAAGCGACCAAAACAGUCAACCUCUCUGAGGAUAUCUUCGCAGGUAUGGACUUCACACUUCGGGGUGAAGGGAGAUCCAUCAAGCAUUCGGAGUACUUCCACCUGGCCAAGGGCCGUGACCUUGGCUUCAACACCGUCCUGGGCUUUUUCUCCAAGCUUUCUUCCGGGACUGGUGAGCAGGUCCUGACGCGCCAGGCAUUCCGAUUGGGCCAAGUGCUACAGCUGCCAGAGGCACUGACGUUCUAUUAUGCACAUGUGGGAUACUACUUCACGCAGCUCUUCGUGUCGUGGAGUAUGCCCUUGCUGGUCUUUGUGUGGCUGCUUGUGCUGCUAGCAGACGAGGUGCGUGGAGGCGUUUUCGAGGCUUUCUUGAAUCUGAACCAGGACACGAUGUCAUCAGCUGAAGUGAUGGCCAAGACUGUGGGCGUCUGGUUCUCCUGGCUGUUGCUGCUCUUCCUGGUUGCCACCUCUCUUCCACUCUUGGCUGAGAUGUGGAUGGAACGCAACUGCAAGGUGGCUUUCGAGCGUUUCUUGAAGCAGAUGUUCACCCUCUCGCCGCUCAUGUUUAUCUUCCAAGCGAAGAUCAUCGGCCACUACGUCAUCAACGAAAUCCGCUAUGGUGGGGCGACCUAUGUCAACACGGGCAGAGGUUUGCCAACCGAUCGCCGUCCAUUCAUUGGUGAGGCUUUGCCCGGCAAGUUCCAGCUGAAGAAAGUCGGAGGACUGUACUUGGACUAUGCGGCCAUAGCGUAUUACGAUGGAGUGACCUUGUUGGCUGGAGUUGUGCUGAUCUUGGUUGCUGGCGGCGUGUCAGGUGCAGGUGAGUUCGCUGGAGACGUUUGGUGGAUCUUCAUCUGCUUGGGACUAACAGUGGCAUCAUGGCUGUGGGCACCCUUCAUAUUCAAUCCCUACCAGUUCGUGUGGAAGCACUUCAAGGAGGCUCAGGUCCAACCACAUUCGCCGGUCCGGGCUCUGUCAGCGGAGCUUGCAGCCCUCACGCGGGAAGUGGCAUGUUUAAAGUCUCUGGAGUUCGAGGCAAAUGAUCCAAAAAGCUGGCAGCCUGCGCAGGCUGCGACGGUUCAAGACUUUGUCCAGAACCCUCUGCUGACGUCGCUUCGCAAGGGGAACCCAGCACUCGGCGAUCCGAGCAUCCUUGAAGUUUCAGGUUGCUACCACCUCUUUGUGCCCUGUGCCAAAGGGAUUCUUCAUCUUUCCUCCACAGAUGGGCUUUUAAAUUGGACUGCCUCAGAACUGGCGGUUAACGUACCUGGAGCCGUUGGCCCUUUCGUCCGUCUUCUCGAGGGCGUGGUGUACCUCUUCUAUGAGCAGCGUGGCGAGUCCGUGUUCCAACCUGCGUCAAUCUUCCUUAAGACGGCUCCGCUGUUAGAGGAGUCAGGGGCUUGGCAGUGGAGUGAGCCACGCCAGGUGUUGGAACCUCAGCUGGAGUGGGAGAAGGUCGGUAAGUCGCGCGUCGGCAACCCCUUCGUCGUGUACGAUGAGAAAGCCGCACGCUGGCUCCUGUAUUACUCGGCAUCCCUUACUUUUUUGACGGAUGCCAGGAUCGACGAUCCCCAGCCUCUGUUCAUUGGCCUCGCAGAGGCACCUGCCGCUGAAGGGCCUUAUCGCCGGCUGCAAGAGACACCCCUUUUCCGGACUGCCUCGGAUGUCCAUCCACAGAUUAUUGGAGCAGGAUCCUUCAAGAUAAUUCAGGGCUUCGAUACGCUGAGUCGGCGCGACUCGACCUACGAUGCCCUGGACCAUGGAUCGCCACGAAAGCUGCUGGCGCUGCAGAGCAGGCUAACACGGAGUGCCCUUGGCAUGACUGGUUCAAGCUUUGCGCUUCUGGCCAGCGAGGAUGGUCUUUCUUGGGAUGUACUUGAUGCCCACUUUCUUACGCCUGUGCAGAGACCUGGCUGGAACAUGGAUUACAUGCUGUCAUUUGACACGCUGAUGCCUUCUUCAGAUGCGAACCACGUUUUCCUAUACUACCACGCUCGCGAAGGGCAACCUGGCACUAGCGGGUGUGUCGGAGUAUCCCGAAUUCAGCGAUCGUUUCUAGAAGAUCUUGCCUGCAGCCAGGACUUUCGUGGUUUGGUGGCUUUCUUCUUGGAGGGAAGUGGCCGCCACUGGGUCGAGUGGUACGAUCGCACACAGCUGAAACCACGCAGCGGCGGCCUGCACCGAUCCAUGGUGGACAUCACGUUUGUGGUCGCAGUCUUCUUCUUGGCUGCAUGGUAUGCAAUGAUCAACAUGAAGAUCGAUGCGCUCAUGUUGGCCUAUUCAGGUGCUGUCUCGGGCAACAUGCUCCACAUCGCAGUUCUCCUACCGCCGAUCGGAGCUUCAUCUGUGUACUGUAUUCUUGCCGUCCUUUUUGAGACGCUAGUUGGCUGCUCUUCCAUUCUCCGUCGACGGCUGCUGAGACCAAAGCGCUCGAAAGCCAAGAGUUUCAGAUUUCGCUCUGCGAAAUCUUCUGGCACUGAGGAGGCAAAGCGUGGUGCUGCCUCUGGGCGCCGCGAUGUCGAAACUGGUACACGCGAGUCGACGGCCGUGACAGAAGAAGAGGAGGAGGAGGAGGAGGAAGCGCCACACGCAACGGCUCAGGACCGUGAAGUGGCACCUGCACCGGCCAGCGCGGCACCUGGACCUGUCGACGCGCCUCAGGGCCAGGAGGCUCCACCUCGACAAUGCUGCGAGUUCGGCAUCCCGCUUACUUUUUCUGCUUGGACGGUCUCGUGCCUUGACCUGGCAGAAGCGGUUUAUGCGAUCUAUGUCUUCAUUGUAAUUGGGUGGAGGAAUGCAUUCGUUGCCGGAUUCAUUCUGAAGUGGGGCUUGCUGAUCAUGUGCAUCUUCUUUGGUGAAGGCAUGCUGCGGGCGCGCUGCUGCAACCUCCUGGGAUGCUGUGGUUUGCCCUUGCAGCUUUGGGUUCGUGCUCAUCGAAUGUCCCGAGACAUCAUGGUGCCAUGA